AUCCUCUUCAAACAUCAAAAACCACCUGAUCAGUGUCACAUGAUGCAUCCCAUCAACUUCGACCAUGUCUUCUCUUGCCCACCAGGUGCUGGUGAACCUCGUGCACUACAACAACUGGACAUCAGUGGAGUCGCACACGCUCCUGCUGGAGCUCACCAUCUUGUGCGGUGUUCCUCCGGCCACCCAGACUCCGGACUCCCUUGGCCUUGAGUGGGUGAUUCCCAGGUCCAUCAAGCAGGACCCCAACAUCUCUGCCCACGAAAUCAAUGGCUGGUUCCAGCAAAUCACCCAGCUCAGUUCCUCCAAAAGGCCUACCAGAAUCACUAUUGCCAUUGUCAACGAUGACGGCACCAUCGUUUACUACUUUAUCCACGACGGAGUGGUUAAGCCAAGACAGAACUAG